AAAAACCCCACAGCAGAUUCACGGAAAAAAGCGGAGGGAGGGAUGGGUACUUCGAAGUAGGGUGUGUCAGAUUUGUUUAAAAAGGGCUGUGUCCGUUCACUGCUCUCACAUCCGUCUCUUUUUCUUCUCAAGCUCAACAACUCCUCCAUAUAAACCGCCACCAUGUCUGGAAUACUGGGUGCAAUUACAAUUCUUAAGAAAACUUUUGACAAGUAUGCUGGAGAGGACAAAGACAAGACAACUCUGUCUAAGAAGGAACUAGCCAACAUGCUCAAAACUGAGCUUCCUGGAGCAGGAGGUGACAAACAGGCAGAAGUAGAUGAGUUUUUCAAGAUGCUGGAUGAGGACGGUGAUGGUCUGGUUAACUUUAAGGAAUACAUCAUUUUUGUUGCCACCCUUGCUAUGAUCAUCAACUCUUAAAACUUUCCAGUCUGACUGCUUUCUUUUGUUAUCUCAUCCGAUGUCCAAUUGUUUUAUAAAGGCGAGUGCUCAAACAUCAGAAAUUGUUUGGGUGAAUUUACCUAAUCACACUGUGGUCAAAAGCUUGAGCAAGUUAAAGUGACAGUGAAUGUGAUGUGAAAUGUUGACAUUGACCAAAAAAUGGAAAAUAAAACUUUUUCACACUUA